AUGCUUUGGCCAGGGCUCCUCUCCCACCGUCUGUCGGCGGCGGUGAAAACACAGAUUAGUAUUCGUACUCUUGCAACCGCCUCUCGAGCACCUUCAGAAAACCAUGGGCGCUGGCUCUCCGACACCAAGAGACGACUUGGUAAGCUUUUUCUACAUGGGACAACUGCCGAAGAAACGAGGGAAGCAAGCGAUAUCCUGAAGGAUCUGACAAAGAACUGGAGGGACUAUGUCGCUGCUAGUGAAGGGUUUUUGACGGGAGAAACAAGGAGAGGGCUUUACAGACACAACGUCGUUUGGGGCGAUAUGGACUCAAUGGUAAUACCACCGCUCGACCAGAAUAUAACAAACAUACAGAUGGCUGAUCUAUCCUUCCUAGGCACAUGUGAACAACCCUUGGUCACAAUUUUUCCAGUGGAGUGGCCGGACAAAGUCACAGUCUAUCACAAGCUCGGGGAUGUCUCAACGACUUCGUUUACCCUUGAUGUCAUUAUAAUAUCCGAGAAGCAUCAACGUCCCGCCGCAAGAUGCCACGAAGACAUUGUUGUAUACAACUACCAGCCUGCUGACAAGACUCAACUACCUGGAAAGGCACAUAUACCGGAUUUUAUGAAAGUACAGUUUGACGAAACUUUGAGAUUGCAGAAGGAGGCCAAGGAAGACGCGUUGGAAAAUAUAAGGGAUAUAAGUAAGAGAGUUGAGGGGCUGGAGAUGAGGGUUUUAGGUAGGCAAGAGAUGACUUAA